AUGGGUGUUCACGUUAUUUCGAAGCUUGAUAACCGCCAACAUGCGACCUUCGAUGUUGAAGUCGCUGGUCAGAGGGAAUUAUCGGAGUCUUCAGUAAGAAUCCGCACCCAACUAAUCAGCCUCACUUCAAACAAUUUGACCUAUGCCUUAAUGGGUGAAUUCUUGCAUUGGUGGGACACAUACCCCGUAUCUGCAGACUAUCCCGCACCAUACAACGACCCAUCAACAUGGGGAAUUGUUCCAGCCUGGGGUUAUGCAUCAGUGGAAGAAACCACAAUCCCCGAAUUACCAAAAGGAACACUUCUUUAUGGAUUCUGGCCUACAACCAGCACACCAACCGAUCUCAAAUUCAAACGCGGUUCCCCAGAAGGCCACUGGAUCGAGACCAGCGAUCAUCGCCAGCAACUGAUGCCGUUGUACAACCGCUACACGGUAACUCGGUCAUCUACUCCAAUCUCUGACCUGACCAGCGCGCUCAAUCCCCUGUCAGCCUCUGCACAGGAUGAGCUAGACCGCAUGGCCUGGACCGCACUAUUUAUCGGCGGGGUAGCCGGGUACAUUCUCAGCGAGUAUGUUUUCUCGUCCAACCCAAGCCAACCUCCCAUCCACCCACUGGGAAACCAAGCUGGGUUGCAGUGGACCCUGUCCGAGGGGGAAUUGUCGUCCGCGGUCGUAGUAAAUCUCGCCGCGUCGACUAAUACGGCCCGUGUUUUCUCGUACUACCUGUCGCGAAAGCCGGAUAGUUCGGCACCCCUUGGCUUAUUGCAUGUUACAUCAGCUGUGUCACGCAUUGAGGAAGCGGAUCGGAAUUUAGCUACUUCUGUUCCUUCUAAGGCAGUUGGGUAUAAAGAUAUUGGAUCCGAGGAGACUGCGGAAUGGCUUGCUAGUCGCAAGGCUGAGAAGAUUGUUAUCGUUGACUUCGGUGGUCGUGGAAAUGCCCUCGAGGACACACUUUCCCUGAUCAAGAAUCACGCUAAGUUGCAAUCUUGCAAGGUUGUCAUUGUCAAGGUGGGCAAUGAACAGAAAGUAUACUCGAUGGAGGAGUUAUACGCUGGAGGGGAAGCGAUGGCGAGGCUUGGAAAGGUUCAAUACAAUACUUCUGGUGUUCAAGAUACGAUACUCGAGACUGUCGACCCAGAAGCCUACUUUGCAAAACGAAGCGCAGAGUGGGAGAAAUGGCUGGACGACCGACAUUUGAGCGUUCCAGGAAAACAGGUUGUCUUUGGCCGCGGUGUCUCUGGUGCUGAAGGCGUCGAGGGAGGGUGGGAGAAAUUGUGUAAUGGACAAGUAGGAGCUGAUGAGGGAUUGGUCUACAAGAUGCAGUGA